CGAAAACUGAUGCUUGAGCAUUUUCAAUUCACAUUCUAUUACAAGAGCUCUUUUAGUUUUCUUCUUUACUCUUAAUGAAUAUCAAUUCUGAGAGAUGUUCGGCAUCGCCUUUCAAGACGACGAUUGUACCUCGUAUUCAAGCAAAACCCUACAACAAGUAACUAGACCUGACCUUUUGCUUUUGUUAUUUUCAUUUGUUGACUUAGUAAAGAAGUCAAUUUUAUAGGUACAGUAAAUUCUUAUUUUUUCUCCCUUAUGAUCAAUUAAACUGGCAUUCUAAGGAUUACAUCCGUUAACUAAAAAUGUUGAAAUUUACGUCUAUGAACUGGACGUCAAAGGUUCUUUUUUUUCGAAAAUAUUCAACAAAGUUAGCAUCAGAAACCACUACAACCCUUCGGACUCGGCUAAAUGACAAUCUUUCAUAUAUGAAAAAGCUUACACAAGACAAACCCCAUCUCAUAUCUCGACUGAAUGCCAUAACGAAUGCAUUAUCAGAAAAAACACCUAAACAUCGUAUUUUAUUACAGUCGUUGACUUCCUCCCAAAAGGACAUUGCAUGCUCGAAAAGUAUUUUACGGGCCCUUCUAACAAGUCCCUUUCUACCAAAAGUAUCGGAACUCGAUGAAGCUUUAAAGACACUUGGCAAGGAACCGCUUUCAAUUUCUUUUGGAGAUUCUCCCCUUAUCCAAAAAAAUGCUAGAUAUAAGUCUAACCACCUUUCCAUGCCAAGCGAUUUUCUUCAAGUUCAUAACAUAGAGAUAACUUAUUUACCUGCAAACUAUAAUGAUAACCUGAUCUCAGCAAGUUGUCAAAGCACUUAUAUGUGUUCCUCUUCCUAUUUGAAUAUUGUCAAUGACCGUGCUUCUCGCCCGACCUCGCAUGUAAUUUACCUCUUGGACAAAGAUUUGACGGAUGCUGAUAUUAUUAAAAACGAGCCUCAAAUAAUGCCAAUUUGUUCUUCAAAGGCGCUGUCAGCCAUUUCCAUUUUGCGACAAGAUGCUGGCCAGUUUACAAACUAUAAAGACCUUUGGGACAAAAGCAAUUUCCAAACAUUAAGAAAUUCUUUUCUUACUGAAAACAAUUACGAAUUAGUCGAGAAAAUGUUACAGUCAUUCAUGGAUACGUUACGUUCUCAAAAUGUCCAAGAGAAGUUUAUCGCUGCCAAGAAUAAUAGCAACUUCUUGUUGUCAUCUUUGGAAGAAUGGGCCAAAUGUUACCAUGCUGAUACGCAAAAUUUUGAACUCCAACUGAGAGCUUUAUGGAAAAAACUUGGGUUUUUACAAUUAUAUAAGAACAUUGAUAAAUGGCCUGAUAGCUUGAAAGACCUAAUCCAUAAAUGUUUUCUUCAGGAUUCUAAGUUGGAAUUAGCGUUUCUUUUGGGUGAGUUGUCCAGAAAUGGAGAUGACAAGAGAAAUUUUUAUAUAUCAAUGAAGGACUUUCAAAACUUUCAAAGUUCUAGCGAAAAGGCCGUUUCAGAGAAGUUUAAGUCACUGAAAAAGCAAACACUCUACGUGACGCUAUUUCAAGGCGUUGGGGCUUUGAGCUCUCUAUAUCUUUACCUGGUUGCUCAUGCAUCCAUGUAUAAUUCCUUCAGUAUCUUUGCUGUAACCUCAGUUUUAGGAUUGUACAUCUUACAGCGUAGCACAGUUAAAUGGAAGCAAAAAUUUUGGAAAGAGUUGCUCGAAGAUACUAGGCAGUUUGAGAAAGUAUUUCGACGUCAACUAUUUGAAAACUCUUCGCUCUAUAAACAGAAUGCUUUACAGACUAAAAUGAAAACCGAGACUGAUUUACUUUUGACCCAGGUUGACGAAUCUCUAAAGUGUUUAAGCAAAUUGCGCCUUGGCUCUGAAAAAUAAAGCUUGUCAUGUUGCUGACAUGUCAUUAGAUUCUAUCUAUGUCUUUUCGUAUGCGGUAUACAGAAAUGGUCUAUUCUGCUGAUUAUUUUUCGACUAAAUUUUGACUUUGGAUUUAUAUUUGUAACGCCUCCCCUCUCUUGAUGACAUCUCCUUCUCUUUUCCUUUAAUUGAAUAAUCUUUUUUAGAAAAUAACAUUCAAAAUCUACUUCCCGUUUACUGUUAUUGCCUAUUCAACAAUUCCAUAUGGUCCGACCUAGUAGUUUACUCAUCGAUACUUUAAGAGCGAUCAACGAAUAUGCUUUAAUGGAAUAAUUUACUUCUGCUAUAAUCAUUAAGAUUUUCCACUUGCUUUACUUCAAAC